CUCUUCUCUUCACUAUAUAUGCACAUCAAAAUCAACACAAUUAUCAUCCAUCUAACCUUUUCUUUUCCAAUUCCCAUCCCUUAUAUUCUCCAACAUUCAUUUUCUUUAUUUAUCUCUCAACCCAGGACAUUUUAUAUUGAGAAGCACACAUGUCUCCUGCAAUGGUAGGCAGUGAUGAGAAGGGUGAGGGUGGAAGUCAAUAUCAGAAAGGAGUGAAGCAACUCGUUGAGAAUGGCCUUCACACGGUGCCUAAAAAGUACAUACUUCCACAUUCUGAUCGACCUGCUAUGAAUUCAGAAGCUUCAAAUGUUGCCAAGAAAAACCUUCAGCUACCCAUCAUUGAUUUUUCUGAAUUGCUUGGUCCAAGAAGGCCCCAAGUCCUUCAAUCCCUAGCCAAUGCCUGUGAAGGCUACGGAUUUUUUCAGCUGGUAAACCAUGGCAUCUCAGAUGAUGUUAUCAGCAGCAUGAGGGAUGUGAGUGGCAGGUUCUUCGAUCUUCCUUUUGAGGAAAGAGCCAAGUAUAUGACAAAUGAUAUGAGUGCACCGGUUCGGUAUGGAACUAGCUUCAGCCAAACCAAAGACACUGUGUUCUGUUGGAGGGACUUCUUGAAACUCCUCUGCCACCCCCUGCCUGAUUUCCUCCCCCAUUGGCCUGCUUCUCCCUUAGACUUUAGGAAAGUGGCAGCUACCUACGCAGAAGAAACCAAAUGCUUAUUUCUGACAUUGAUGGAAGCAAUCCAAGAGAGUUUAGGAAUCAUAGAAGAGGAGACAGAAGGAAAGGACAAUAUUAUGAAGGACUUGGAAGAUGGGAGCCAGAUGAUGGUGAUGAAUUUCUACCCACCAUGCCCUGAACCAGACCUAACUUUGGGUAUGCCUCCUCACUCUGAUUAUGGAUUCCUCACACUCCUCCUCCAAGACCAGGUGGAGGGUUUGCAGAUCCAAUUCCAAGGUCAAUGGUUCACUGUUCAGCCCAUCAAUAAUGCCUUUGUUAUCAAUGUUGGUGAUCAUCUAGAGAUAUAUAGCAAUGGGAAGUACAAGAGUGUGUUACAUAGGGUUGUGGUUAAUGCAGUGAAGAAUAGGACAUCUGUGGCUUCGCUUCAUAGCCUUCCUUUCAACUGCACCGUAAGACCGUCACCAAAACUCAUUGACGAAGAGAAUCCCAAACGUUACGCAGACACCAAUUUUGAUACUUUUCUUGCCUACGUUACGACCAGAGAGCCCAAGAGAAAGGAGUUCCUCGACUCUAGGAAAUUGACUUCUACUUCUACAUGACUAGAAGGAAAUAAAUAAAUAAAUAAAAUAAUGAUAAGAGGGAUUUUUUUAUUAGCCAUAAAAGGAAAUUGAACUGCCAUGACUCACAAUAAUCGAUUGCUUAUUAGGGGAAAAUUAUGUAUGUAACAUAUUAAUCUUGAUUUGGUUGGACCA